UAAUACAUCAUAAAUCGUUGAAAGUACCAGCGUUAUAACGACCAAGAGAAAUCUAACAAAUCAAGCGCCCCUUAGUCCUCAGCUGUGAGCUGCAACUCUCUAAAACAACCUAAAUGAGCUCUUACUUUGUAAACUCGUUCUCGGGGCGCUACCCAAAUGGCCCCGACUAUCAACUGCUAAAUUAUGGAGCCAGCAGCGGCGCAAUGAACGGCGGGACGUACAGGGACUCUUCCUCCGCCACCAUGCACCAUGCGACGGGCUCUUACGGCUACAGCUACAAUGGCAUGGACCUGACCGUCACUAACCGGGGAGGGGGGAGCGGCGGCGGCGUCAACACCGGAGGACACUUCGGGGGAGGCUCGGUCGUAGGGGACUCCCUGGGCUUCGGCGCUUCAGCCUCGGACAGGAGCUUCAGACAGCCGUCCAGCUGCUCCCUCGCCUCUGCGGCAGACUCCCUCCUGUCAUCCGGCAAUGGAGACACCAAGCUGGGCGGACAGGGCUCUUCUCCACGCUCCGAGCAACCAGGAAGCGCUAAUCUCAGCUCUCCAAACCUGUCCUCCGCCUCUUCCUCCGGCGUUGGUGGUGGUGGUGGUGGUGGAGGCUCGGCGCGGCGCUACACGGAGCUGGAAGACGCGUCUCCAGAGACAGAGGAGCUGCAGCACAACCGGGACACCGGGCAUGGCAGCAACCCACCAACCAGGAGUGGGCACCCGCAGUCCGGGCAGAAGCAGGAGAGCGGCCCGGCGGGCGGCACGACGGGCAGCGAGGCUUCACCUCAGAUUUUUCCCUGGAUGAGAAAGCUGCACAUUAGCCAUGAUAUGACGGGCCCGGACGGAAAACGGGCGCGGACAGCGUACACUCGCUAUCAGACCCUCGAGCUGGAGAAGGAGUUCCACUUCAACCGGUACCUCACGAGACGACGACGGAUCGAGAUUGCGCACGCGCUCUGCCUCACGGAGCGGCAGAUAAAAAUCUGGUUCCAGAACCGGAGGAUGAAGUGGAAGAAGGACAACAAACUGAAAAGCAUGAGCCUUGCCACCCCCGGCAGCGCCUUCCAACCCUGAAAAGUUGCAUAUAAAAUAUAAAAUCCUCCGUCCACCUCUUUGGAAACCACGUGCAGGCUUCCCAGGAAGAGAAAGAGACACAAAAACUAAAGAAACUUGAAGAAAAUAAGACAGGAAGCCAGCAGAGUGGAGUACGAGGAGACGUGACGAAGAAACGUGUAAAACAAGCAGAUUCCAACUCUAGAUUUUCAAAACACUUCCUGAGUACUGUACAGCAGCGCAGCACUUUUUAUUUGUCGGCAUGUUGUUAGUCUUUGGUGUUCUAGGGCAACUUUAAAAUAAUGACUGUGGUACUUUCUCUUGUAAAAAAAAAAAAAGGAAAAACUUGGUGUUCCUGUUUGUUGUCGUCGUUUUUCAAAAGAAGUGUCCAGAGGCGAGGAUGAAUAAUGCUACCUAACUACCUACAUCCUACCUACUACCUGUUGUUUGAUGUCUAAAUAUCGUUUUAUAUGUCACGUGCGAUGUUUUGUAUUUUAAAGUUAGCAUGUGUGCUCUCAUUGUAAGUUAUUUACAGCCAAUAACGCGUGUAUAGCGUAUUAGUCUGAGUCCCCCUUCAUCUAUGUUUGUGUGGGUGUGUAUGUGCGUUUGUGUGUGCGCGUGUGUGUUGUCGUUUAAAACACCAUAAUAUCAAUCCAUAAUGUUGUGUAUAGCUCUACUAUUCAAAAAGUGUAACUGUAUAUUAUUAAUUGUUAUUGUAAUUAUUGACUCCAUGUUUCAGAAAGGAUGUAUAGAUAUAUAUUGACAUUUUUAAAUGUGACCAGUUGGCUACCUGUAGUUGCAGUGUGUGUGAGUGUAUGUGUGUGUGUGUGUGUGUGUGAGAGAGAGAGAGUGUGUGUUUGAGAGUGUGUGUGUGCGCAUGUAAAGGAAAUGGCUACCGUCCUGUGCGGCCUGUAAGCUUUCUGCCAAUGAGCUUUUUGUAUUUGUUUGUAACUUGGAGUAAAAAAACCACAACAAUAAAGUUUCCAAUACUCUUA